GGAAAACCAAACCGUAACAUUGGGCUUGUUAAAGUGAAAGGGUCUGUGUUAUUUUUAGACUUUGGAUUCUCUUUUCAAAACCACUACGCGCGAUAAACCUCCCUAAAAUUUCUUUAAUUUCGUUUAGUCAUCGUUUUCGCUCUCUCUCUCUCUCUAGGGUUUCGCCAUGAGCAGAUCAGGUCAGCCGCCAGAUCUCAAGAAGUACAUGGACAAGCAACUACAGAUCAAGCUGAAUGCGAAUCGAACAGUGGUGGGAACACUUAGGGGGUUUGAUCAGUUCAUGAACCUGGUGAUUGACAACACAGUGGAAAUUAAUGGUGAUGACAAACAUGAUAUUGGCAUGGUGGUCAUAAGAGGGAAUAGUGUGGUCACUGUUGAAGCACUCGAGCCGGUCAGCAGAGGCCAAUGAUUCCCGACUCGUAUUGGUAUGGUUCUGGUGUAUCGUGUGGCUGGUUUUGUAAUUCUGAGAACUGUUAUGGUGGUAAUUGAUGUUUAACUUCAUAGCUU